AGACCUUCUCUAUUUCGAUGCUUUUACGAUUUUCACAUCACCAAAUUUUCGUUUUUAUUGUUGAUCUCUUGCAAAUGCUGGAAUUCAAUGUUACUGCACGUUUUCCAAUAGCCCCGCUACUUACAGUAAUUCUAGCCUUAGUUGGUAUGGAAUCAAUUAUGUCUGAGUUUUUCAACGACACAACAACUGCGUUCUAUAUAAUUUUGAUUGUUUGGAUGGCGGAUCAGUACGAUGCGAUUUGUUGUCAUACGAGUAUAACGAAAAGACAUUGGUUAAGGUAUGUAAAUUUCCACACUUUAUAUGUAUAUCCAUCCAUAUAGAAAUGUAGUGAACUA